AUGAGCUCUCGAUGGGCUGUCAGCAAGGACGCCGACCAAGCCAUCACUGCUCAACGGAAAAGACAAAAAGAAGAAAAAAGAAGGGCCAGGGAGCAGAAGCAGAAAGAGACAGCCGAGCAACAGGAACAACAAGCUCAACGAAGUGUCGAACCACCUACAAAGCGACGACGCACCGAAGCGACUUCCCUGGAGGGUGCAAGUCUACUCCCCCAAACAAACCCAAGUUUCGGUCAGAGCAGAGGUCUCGAGCUCUACGACAUACUCAACAACAUAGAGGAGGGUAGUUAUGGUUUUGUGUCGCGAGCUCGUGAGAAUCCUACUGGCGAAAUAGUCGCUUUGAAGCGCCUGAAGAUCGAGCACGGCAACAAUGAGGGCUUCCCAGUCACUGGGCUACGUGAAAUACAGACUCUGCGCGUAUGCUCCCACCCUCACAUUGUUCACCUCAGAGAAGUAGUAGUCGGACCUGGACCUAUGCAAGAUGUAUAUCUUGUUAUGGAUUUCCUCGAACACGACUUGAAGGCUUUGCUGGAAGAUAUGGACGAGCCUUUCUCCUCUUCGGAAACCAAGACUCUGAUGCUUCAGAUAUCUUCUGCAACAGAAUAUUUACACAAAAACUGGAUCCUGCAUCGAGAUUUGAAGACAUCUAAUCUGCUGCUCAACAAUCGUGGUGAAAUAAAGAUUGCAGAUUUUGGCAUGGCAAGAUAUACUGCAAGUCCCCCUCCAAGAUUGACACAAUUGGUGGUUACAUUGUGGUACCGAGCACCAGAGUUACUCCUAGGCGCGGAAGAGUAUGGCUUCGAAAUUGAUAUAUGGAGCAUGGGUUGCAUUUUUUCCGAAUUGCUAACCAGAGAGCCGAUCUUUCAGGGCAAGAACGAGGUUGGUCAACUCUCAGCGAUCUUCUCCCUGCUAGGCAUACCUACUCCAGCUACAUGGCCUGCUUUCAAAUCACUGCCAAAUAGCAAAGCACUGUAUCCUUUACUUGGUACCACUCGCAACCCGACAUCACAGCUCAAUUCCUCGAAGUAUCCCGAUCUUACUGAGGCAGGUAUACAGCUACUUGCCUCAAUGCUCACAUUAAACCCAGAAGGUCGACCUUCAGCAUCUGAAAUCCUGAGUCACCCAUAUUUCAGAGAGGAUCCGAGACCAAAACCCAAGCAAAUGUUCCCUACAUUUCCAAGCAAAGCAGGUCAAGAGAAACGCCGGCGGCGUGCAACCCCUCGAGCACCUAAUCGUGGUGAGGCUCCUAGGUUACCAGCUGAAGAUUUUACCAGCAUUUUUGCGGGUCACGAUUCAAAGCAUUAG